AUGGGCAAGGCGACCUUCGUGCGGUACGUGGCCGUGCUGCCCGUGCGCUACGUCGUCGUGGCGCUGCCAUGCGCGGGCGGCGUGCUCUUCCUGCUCGGCUCCUUCUGCUUCUGGCCCGGCUCGGGCGAGGCGGCCACGACGGUGGGCGCGGCCUGCUUCCUGGUCGGCUCGCUCUGCUACUGGGCCGCACCCUUCCUCGACUUUUGGGAGCUCACCCACAACCUCGACAACCUGGUCGACCGGCCGCUCGUGAUGCCAGAGGCGGUCUCCUCUGCGGCGCACGCGCGGAUGUCGUUCCACGCGGCGCUGUAUGAGCAGCUGUAUAAGGCGCACCUUCUGCGGCUGCAGCGCGCCAACUCGAUCAUCUUCAUGGCGGGCGGCGCCUUCUUCGUCGCCGGCUCCUCGCUCUUCUUCCCCGCCAUGGAGGAGCUCAUCAUGCACGGAGGCUGGCUGUACAUCACGGGCUGCGUGCUCGUGCUGCUCGCGGCACUGCUCGGCGCGCUCACCGCCGCCGAGAUGCAGCAGACCGCCGCCAUCCGCAGCGGCUGGUCCGACGAGGAAGCCACCCUCCUCUCGUGCGGCUUCUACGUCGUCGGCAGCCUCGCCCCGCCUCGCCUCGCCCCGCCCCCGGACGGAGACCAGGGGUCACACCUCCGUGGCCACACCUCCCGCCGCUCCCUCGUCUUCCUCGCCGGCGCGCUCAUCGACCUGCUCGUCGUGCUGCGCACCGCCGCCGCAGAGCGCAGGCGCAGCGCGCCCCUCGAGCAAGCGUCGGCGAGCGGGCACGCCCCUCGCCGUGCCGCGCCGCCGCCUGCACGCACCGAGCCGGGGGCGGGGAAGGGGCAGCCGCAGCGGCAGAGGCCCGCGCCGCUCCUCGACCCGGGAGAGGCCCGCUCCAACGCGGUGGACGAGCGGGAGGGCGCGGAGGCCAACGCGCUGCCGGCGUCGAGCGCCAUGUCGGCACCCCCGACGACGUCGCGCUUCCAGCAGCGCAAGGAGAUGAAGGCCCAGAUGUACGCCACCUCCAACGAGAGGGAGACGGAGGGGGUCAUGUCGAGGCGGCAGGUGUCGUCGCAGGCGUCCUACGUGCCGCGCGUGGGCAGCGACUGGAAGGGCGCGGCAUGGGGGCUCUCCAGCACCAAGGUCGGCGGCGCGCAGAAAAAGACCAAGGGCGAGCUCUACUUUGGGCAGAAGCGCGGCUUCAACACCGAGGCUCCGCCAGAGGGGCCGACGACCAACUUCCUCUCGCGCGGCGGCGGCGGCGGCGGCAGCAGUUCUCGGAGCAACGACGAGCUGCUGAGGAAAGCCCUCGAGAUCCGCGCGCGUCGCGAGGCGGAGCGCGCGGCCAAGCUGGCCAAGCGCGAGGCAGAGAGCUCGAGCGACAGCGACAGUGACAGCGACUCCUCCUCGUCGUCGUCCUCGUCCUCGUCGUCGUCCUCGUCGUCGUCCUCCUCCUCCUCGUCGUCCUCCUCCUCGGCCUCGUCCAACAGCACCAAGGCGAAGCCCAAGACGAAGAAGAAGAAGAAGAAGAUCGAGGAUGAGGGCCGCGCUGCUCCGCCCAAAUCCGACGCCGACGAGCCCAAGAAGAAGAAGCCGCCGCCGCCCCCGCCCCCGCCGCCAGAGGCGGGGGACGACCGCAGCGCGCGCAAGGCGCCGCCGCCGCCGCCGCCACCGCCGCCGCCGCCGCCGCCCGCCGAGCCUCCCAAGCGGAGGCCUCCUCCUCCUCCGCCUCCGCGCGAGGCGCCCCGGGAGGCGGAGGCGGUGGCGGAGGCAGAGGCGGCGCCCGCAGCCGGCGCUCUCGCGCAGAAGCUGCCGCAGGCGGGUGGCAGCAGGCGGCGCAAGAGGAGCCGCUCGGCGAGCCGCUCCUCCUCCUCCUCCUCGGGCUCCUCGGGCUCCUCGGGCUCCUCGGGCUCCUCCUCCUCCUCCUCCUCCUCCUCCUCUUCCUCCUCUGGCUCCUCCGCCUCCUCCCGCAGCGGAUCCGCGAGCAAGGCCAAGGGCGACAAGCCCAAGGCGAAGAAGCGCGCGAGCUGAGCCCUGUGCGCACCCGCGGCGUGCGGGCUCCUCUCCAGCCUCUGGGACUUACCGGACGGUCUCUCAGGGAGAGGAAUGGGCGCGGAAUCGGAACCCGUUGGUGGUAAAGA